AUGGUCGAUCACCCGCAGUACGAUCCGCCGAAGAGCAUCCUGAAACACACCGCGAUAGUCAGCAACCAAAUCGUGAAGAUGUCUGACCGGAGGGAAGACAAGAAUACAGCCGAGGAGAUGCCUAAAGGUGACGAAGCCGAAGGCUCGACAAAGACGAAGCCGAUCGAGAAUGCCCCGGAGCCGCCCACGGCGGGUCAACCUUUGGAAGACGAUCAGGUCUGCAUCAGCGAAGGAGGCGAACUCUUUGCGGAAGACGUGGACAGCCAGGUGGUGGUCCUGCCCGAGGUGACAACGACCACGGAAGAUGUGACGCUUGAAGACAUCCGGACCGAGAACGACGAGGAUACAGCCGAGGAGAUGCCUGAAGGCGACGAAACCGAAGGCCCGACAAAGACGAGGCCGAUCGAGAAUACCCAGGAACCGCCCACGGCGAGUCGACCUUUGGAGGACGAUCAGGUCUGCAUCAGCGAAGGAGGUGAACUCUUUGCGGAGGACGUAGACAACCAGAUGGCGGUCCUGCCGGAGGUAACGACGACCACGGAAGAUGUGAAGCUUGAAGAUAUCCGGAUCGAGAACGACGCACCUGCUGCUUGA